UGGAAUCAGGUCGGCCCAGUCACAGCGUAUCAGGUUUCCGCCCUCGAUAUGUCCAGCUCCCUAUGUCAUCUCCCCAUUCUCACACUGACCCUGGCUGGAGACAGUCACAUCUCUCUCUCUCUCUCUCCCCUUGUUGCUCUUGUUUGGACAGUGUUUUAAGGUCAUUCCCAGGUUGCAGGAUGUCCGACAUCGAGGAUCAGGAUGAUUACGAGGAGCAGCAGGAAGGUGAACCUGAGGAAGAGGAACAGCAGUACGGUCAGGAAGACGAGGACUAUCAGGAACAGGAGGAACAAGAAGAGGAAAGGCCCAGACCAAAGCUGGUUGUCCCCCAGAUCUCUGGUCCCAAAAUCCCAGAUGGAGAGCGUGUGGACUUUGACGACAUCCAUCGCAAGCGCAUGGAGAAAGACCUGCUGGAACUGCAAACCCUCAUCGACGCUCACUUUGAACAGAGGAAAAAGGAGGAAGAAGAACUGAUCUGCCUGAAGGAUCGGAUUGAACACCGGCGGUCAGAGCGGUCCGAGCAACAGAGGGUGCGGGCAGAGAAGGAACGGGACCGGCAGACCAGGCUGAUGGAGGAGAAGAACCGCAAGGAGGAGGAAGAGGCGAAGAAGCGUGCGGACGAUGAUGCCAAGAAGAAGAAGGUCUUGUCCAACAUGGGGGCGCAUUACGGUGGCUACCUGGUCAAGGCUGAGCAGCGUCGAGGCAAAAGGCAGACGGGCCGUGAGAUGAAGAAGAAGAUUCUGGCGGAGAGACGGAAACCGCUCAACAUCGAGCACCUGAGUGACGAUAAAACCAGAGAGAAAGCCAAAGAGCUGUGGGAGUGGAUGUACCAGCUGGAGUCGGAGAAAUUUGACCUGAUGGACAAACUGAAGCGACAGAAAUAUGAGAUUAAUCUCCUGCAUAACCGGAUCAACGAGCACCAGAAAUUCAAGAAAGCCGCGGGCAAAGGCAAGGUGGGAGGUCGCUGGAAGUAAACGACAGAGGGAUUGUCGGCGCAUCCAGUGGUCGCAGACCGUGGAGCCAAGGACAACAAGAUGCCUCCUGGCAUCGGUCCGUCACUUCCACAAACACGACACGAAAACACAGUCCAACUUUGCUCAACCUGUCCCUAUCCCUUCAACAAAUAAACUACCAGGUUACAGCU